AUGAUAUUGAUUGGAAAGCAUAUAACUACCGCUACUGUUUUCGAUGCAGAAACGUUAAAUCAGAUCAAUUUCAAGUACGAGGUAUUUGAUCACGGGUCUCCACAAAAUACCGCGAUUUGCAAUGCGACAGUCUUCAUAGACGACGUCAAUGAUCAUACGCCUGUUUUCAACCAGCUGUUCUAUGCCGCCAGGAUUAAUGUGAACGAACUGACAGACAAUCGAACAAUUGCAAUAGCUGAAGAUCAGGAUCGAAAACGAGCGGAAACGUUUUUGCUGGUUACGACUGGUCCUGAUAAUGAUUUAUAUCCAAAGUUCGACAAAAGGACAGAACCUUUAAGGAUUCCCUCCACUGCUUCGAUAGGAUCAACUGUGGGAAAAGUUCGAGCCACUGCUGGCUCUCACACUAUCAAAUACCACAUCUCUGAUCACCGAUUCGAUGUCGACUCAUGGGGAAACAUCAUCUUGAUAGGAACUUUGCAAAAUUACGUCGGUCAAGACAUCGUCGAAAAUUCAGUUUCCAACAUCAUCACUGAGUUAGGCGAUGACUACCAAGUGUUGCUAACGGUUCCUCGUACUUCUGCCUUUGCAGUGCGAGAUAGGAAACUUGCCCUAACAUCGCCUUUGGACUAUGAAAAGUCGUCCAGCUAUAAGAUCUUAGUGGGAAACAACAGUGAAACCACCAGACGUACAAAAACUGUGCUAGUUCACAUAAUUCGCGCUGCCAUCAAGGACCCUGGCAUUUCCUUCCCAUCCAAAGAGAUUUCUAUGCUGAUGACAUCUUCGCAAUCUGUGGGAACCAAACUCGGCCGUAUAAUGGCUGAAUCAUCCCUGCCUGUGAAGUAUUACGCUAUUGGGUCAUCCCUAAUCAAA